AUGAACAAGUUCGUUCUUUCCGCCCUUGUGGCAUUCUGCGCGGCUGUAUCUUUGCAAGUUGUUGUAUCGUAUGAACCCCUAGAAAAAGCUGCCUAUGAAACCCAACAAUCCGACGAUUAUGGUGCAGUGAAGGAUGCUGUCGACGCCAAUGCAGAUGAAGGAUUUGAAGAUGAUCUGAGCGAUUACAAUCAUUUCGAAGAUGAAGUUGACAAUGAUGAAGAUGAAGAGAGUGAAGAGGAUGCAAACGGGUGAGUGUUUCUUCUGCCAUCACAAACGCGGACGUUUUUUGUUUGUAUCACUGCGUCAGUUUUUAGUUAAAGGUAUCAGACGCCAAACCCAACCCACCAGCAAAGAAUACUCUGGCUAAAGGGAAAAAGAGAAUUUGGGUUAAAAAUUAAUUAACUGUAAUUAGCUGUAAAAUGUUUGAGAAAAGCUAAUCAAAACAUCAGUUUCAUUUUGCAUUCGAGUUUGGAUCGAAAAUUUAAGCCACCAUGCAAUUUGUGUUAUCGGAAUGAAGGCAUUUCUAAGCUCGGAUGAUGAUCGUUAAUUGCUUUUUUCUUGAAACCGCUGUUUAUCUACUUAUGGUUUUGGAGCCAAAGUUAAUGAAGAUCUGCGAGGAAAGAAAGGGCACUUAAUAAAUUAUCAGUAUUUACAAUGAAAUCUAUGAACUCCACGGGGUUGCAGAUAUCGCCUCUAUAAAUGAAUUGAGGUCAUGGGCGGUUCGGGGUCUGGUAUUUCGGAGGAUUUCUCAUUCAUUUACAUUCCGAUCAGCAGCCUGGCGUAAUGUUUGCUAGUGCAAACAUAAGAACCUGGUACUUGCCGAAAUAUCCUCUUUAAAAUGAGCUGAUAAUUCACGAAAACGGGAAAGAGCACGGAGUAAUAUGGAAAUGACCUCCUUCCGGAUCCAGGUCUUAAAAAUGACCUGCCCCAUCUUCUUCCCAACCAAAUGCCGCAUCAGAAUUUUUCCAAAAAGAAACAAUAUUUCUGAUUUAGCUUAUUUUGGGAAAUAACUCAGCUGGUUACUCCAUAUAUUGCCUGAAGGAAACUGAAAGAAAUGUUAUUAUAAUUGCCUUCUCAUGUCUUCUUUCAGAAGCAAUGAUGUCCAAGAAGAUCCAAAACCAUUUUUUCGCAGAAUAA